AUGACGCUGUGCGAGGACGACAACAACGAUGGUUACUACUUGCCUCACCAUGCGGUGAUCAAGGAGUCUAGCGAAACGACAAAAUGUCGUGUCGUUUUCGAUGCUUCUACAAAAUCCUCCACGGGCAUUUCGUUGAACGAUACGUUGUUGACCGGACCGACUAUUCAGGAAACUCUGUGGCAGCAAAUUUUGCGAUUCCGUUCUCAUCCCUUCGUCAUUACUACAGACAUCGAAAAGAUGUAUCGACAAAUCUGGGUUCAUUCCGACGACAGGAAGUUCCAAAAGAUCUUGUGGUAUCACGAAGGCGAAGUUCGAACUUUCGUUCUUAACAUUGUGACUUUCGGGGUGAAGUGUGCUCCUUUUCUUGCAGUUCGAACAUUGCACCAGUUGGCCGUUGAUGAGGAGAGCAGAUUCCCAAAGGUGGCAAUGCUACUUCGUCGAGACUUCUACGUUGACGAUUUCCUUUCAGGUGCAGACACGUUGGAGGACAUCAUGAGGAUUCGCGACGAGAUGAUCAAACUCUUAAAUCGUGGGGGGUUCGUGAUACGAAAAUGGUCCUCUAAUCAUCCGUCGGCUUUAGACAACAUCGAUAAAAAUAUCUUCGAUUUAGACUGUGGCAUACAAGGGAACCCCAUAAAGAAGACUCUCGGAAUCAUCUGGGACUCUCAACGAGAUGUCUUUUCAUAUUCCGCAAACCCUGAUGCAUCAGCUUCUACCAAAAGAAAACUCCUUUCCCAGAUUGCAAAGAUCUUCGAUCCUCUGGGCUUAUUAGGUCCUCUAACUCCGUAUGCCAAAACAUUGAUCCAGGAAUGUUGGAAAGCUAACAUUACCUAG